CUGUGACGAAACGUUUAACCGCGAAUUCAGAAGCGAAUUAUUGAGGUUAAAUUUGGCAGGACUGACUCCGUGUUGGAAGCUUUCUUGUGGAUAUCUCUCAUCCGGUGCUAUGAGUGGACAGGUUUAUCUGAUGCUUGGUCCAAUCUUCUUAACCCUCCUGGUGACAACAGUCCCGGUCGUUCAGAGCGGGAAGGUUCUUGUCUUUCCUGUGGACGGCAGUCACUGGGUCAACAUGAACAUCUUGGUGAAGGCUCUUCACACCAAAGGUCACAAUAUCACAGUCAUCCGGAUGUCAGACAGCUGGUACAUCAAAGAAUUCUCACCUCAUUACACAUCCAUCACUCUGGAGUCUGCAGGAGGGUUCGAUGAAGAAUUCUUCAAGGUGUUUGCGACCAAACUGCUGAACAUUUUGAGGGAUGGUUCUAUUUGGGCUCGACUGAAUCUGGAGAUCAAGAUGUGGCAAAGUUUUUCAGAGAUGAUUGAAGCAGAACAUGAUCUUAUAACCAACAUGUUUGAAAACCAGCAGCUUAUGCAGUCCCUAAAAGAAACCAAAUAUGAUUUGAUGCUCACAGAUCCAGCCAUGUAUGGCGGUACUAUAUUGGCUCAUUAUCUUAAACUGCCUAUGGUUUACAAUGUUCGCUGGACGAUAUACAGCGAGGGUCAUUUUGCAAUAGCUCCUUCACCGCUAUCUUAUGUUCCUUCACCAAUGAUGGAGUUAUCAGACCGCAUGACCUUCUUAGAAAGAGUGAAGAAUAUUGUGAUGUACAUCAUAACUGAAACACAGGUCGCGCUCAUGAUCGCUCCAUAUUAUAAUGCACUAUGUGAACGCUACAUCGGUCCAGGAACGUCCUACUUUACUUUAAUUCAAAGCGCUGAUCUGUGGCUCCACAGGGUUGAUUUUAUUUUUGAGUUUCCACGGCCCACUAUGCCAAACAUUGUCUACAUGGGUGGCUUUCAGUGCAAGUCAUCGAAGCCUCUUCCAGCAGAUCUCGAGGACCUUGUGCAGAGCUCUGGAGAUCAUGGUGUCAUCGUCAUGUCUUUGGGAACUCUCAUUGGUCAGCUUCCUGAUGAUGUGGCUGAGGCCGUUGCUGAAGCUUUUGCAGAACUUCCACAGAAGGUCAUCUGGAGAUAUAAAGGAAGGAGACCAUCUGCACUGGGGAACAACACCUUAAUAAUGGACUGGAUACCUCAGAAUGAUCUUCUGGGUCAUCCUAAAACCAGAGCUUUUGUAGCUCAUGGUGGAACCAAUGGUAUUCAAGAAGCCAUCUAUCAUGGGGUACCAAUCAUUGGAUUUGGGCUGAUCUUUGACCAGCCCGAUAAUCUUUCAAAGAUGAGAGUCAAGGGUGUUGCCAAGACUGUAGACUUUGGCACAGUGGAUAAGAAAUCUUUCCUUGAAACUGUCAAAGAGGUUCUUUAUGAUCCCAGUUAUCGGGAGAACAUGCAGAGACUCUCAAGACUUCACAGAGAUGUUCCAGUCAAGCCUCUGGACAACGCCAUCUUCUGGAUUGAGUUUGUCAUGAGGCACAAAGGUGCCGCUCAUUUACGCACAGAGUCGUACAAAAUGCCCUGGUACUCCUAUCAUUCUGUUGAUGUCAUACUGUUCCUAAUGUCUGCUGUGAUGCUCAUAACCCUGACCACAUAUGCACUUAUUAGGUAUUUAUGCUGCAGAAUAUAUAAGAGACAGGCAACAAAAAAAAUUGAAUAA